AUGGCUGCUCGAAGAAGGAAUUUUAGGGAAAGAAGAGAUUAUUUCAAUGAAUAUUCAGAUAUGGAAUUGGUUAAAAGGUUCAGACUUGAUUCUGGUGGGAUAAACUUUAUUGAAAGAUUGAUUGGCAAUGAAAUAAGAUCCACGUCCGUAAGGAACCACGCACUAACAUCUGCAGAAAAGAUUCUGUUAACCCUGAGGUUCCUAGCAAAUGGAAAGAUGCAACUUUGUAAUGGGGAUGAUAUGGGAGUUUCCCAAUCUUCUAUCUCUAGAGCAAUAUCUUGUACCAUUAAAAGUUUGUCAUUUAUACAAAUGGUGCGUAGAUUUAUCAAUUUCCCUACAUCACCAGAUGAAAUCAGACGUAACCAGGAACGAUUUUUUCAGAUAGCAGGAUUCCCUGGGAUUGUUGGUACCAUAGAUGUCACCCAUGUUCAGAUAAUUGCACCUAGACAAAAUGAGAAUGAUUUUGUCAAUAGACAUCAUUACCACAGUUUAAAUGUGCAAGUUGUGUUUGAUUCCCAAUACAAACUCAUUGACAGUGUUGCAAAAUGGCCCGGUUCGACCCACGAUGCACGCAUCUUAAAUGCGAGUGGGCUUUGA